CCGGUUAUUUGACGUCAGCAGCUGAUCGCUUGCUGUUAUAUCUCUGUCAUGAUGAACACGCAUCUCAUAUGUGUUUAAUUUAAACUACAGCUCAGAUUAAAUACCUCCGGUGAAUUACGAGUUAAGACACAUUUGGUUAAAUUCACAUAGUGUUAUUUUUAUUGCAGUAGCAUAGCACCCUCUGUCGUAAGCCUAGCUAUUUGUUGACGCUAUGCUGGAUGGUGUUGAAACUACCUCGUUGCGUACAGUGGGAUGCUUCCCAACUUAGUUCAGACUGACUGUCGGUCUCCGUUUGACUUGUACGAGAUGGAAGGGGAUGAGGGGGAUGACGGAUCGGCCGGGACCCCCGAUCUUCCUCUUGAGAUGAUCGUGCACAUUUUCAGUUUCCUGCAUUCUUGGGACAGAAGGGAAGCUUCAGCCGUCUGCCAGAGCUGGUACCAAGCUAGCCAAGACCCCCGGUUUCAGAAGAACGUGAGCUUCCAGUUCCCUGCGUCGGCGUCCGCCGUGGCUGUGAUCCGGCAUCUGGGUCGCGGGUCUCGCUGCAGUCUGGUCAUCAGCCAGCUGGAUGGAUCCAGCCUGUCAAAGACGCUGCUCACAGAGGUGGGCCAUUGGCUGGGCCCCACCCUGGAGGGCUUGUCCCUGCCUGGGGCCAGCCUGACGGAGUCCUCCUUGCUGGCCCUGCUGCCUCGCCUCUCCAGCCUGCGACGCCUGGACCUCAGCGGCCUGGACAGCCUCUUCAUGUCCGGGGCCUUCCUGUCCAGGGAGGAGCAGCGGGAGCAGGUGCGCUCUGCGCUGUGUGGCCUGGAGGAGCUGGACCUCUCUCACCUGCGCUACCUGUCGGACCUCACCUUCAACCGGCUGACCUACUGCACGCCCCGCCUGCGCCGCCUGGCGCUGGCCGGCUGCCACAUCGCCUUCGAGUUCGACCCGUACCGGGGCUACCCCGCGGGGGGCGCCCGGGACUCGUCGGCGCUGCUCUCCCUGAGGAACCUGCGGCGGCUGCUGGCGGAGCAGAGCUCCACGCUGGUGGCUCUGGACCUCAGCAGGACCUCCAUCACCCCCCAGUCGCUACGCACCGUGGCUCAGGUGGAGGGCCUCCGUCUGGAGGAGCUGAGCCUCCAGGGCUGUAAGGAGCUGACGGACUACUCUGUGGAGGUCCUCCUGCAGCACCAGCCAGGCCUGCUCAGGCUGGACCUGAGUGGCUGCACCGAGCUCACCAGCCGGGCCCUGCAGGCGGUGUCCCGGGCCCUGAAGGGCCUCCAGCACCUCUCCAUGUGCCGCGACUGGAGGAUCACCGAUAAAGGUGUGGCCGAGCUGGCGUCCAUGCCGUCACUGAAGAGCCUGGAGCUGUCUGAGUGUACCCACCUGACUGGGGCCCCGCUGGUCAAGGGCCUCUCGGGCCCCAGGGCGGCCCAUCUGGAGAGUCUGGCCCUCAGGAGCUGCACCAGCAUCAGAGAUGUGGAGAUGUCCUCCUUGGCCCAGCUGUGUGGCGGCAGCCUGCAGCAGCUGGACCUGACCUCGUGCGUCUACCUGACGGACCUCUCUGUGAACGCCAUCGCCACCUACCUGCACCGGCUGGUGGUGCUGCGGCUGGGCUGGUGCAAGGAGAUCACCGACUGGGGACUGCUGGGGCAGAAGACCCCCACCAGAGAGAGAGAGUCAGAGGGGGAGACGGGUCCCUGCUUCACCAGGACCUUCGGCAACAUGGGCUUCUUCCGGCCCCCCAAGAGUCCGUUCCCGGUGCGGCCCGUGGCGGGGGAACCCGCCCCCCCCGUGGAGCAGAGCGGGGCCGGCCUGCUGGCCCUCAGCCAGCUCCAGGUUCUGGACCUGACCGCCUGCUGCCUGCUCACCGACACCAGCAUCGCACAGGUGCUGUGUCAUCCAGAACUCCAACGGUUGUCUCUGUCUCUACUGACCGAGAUCAGCGACGCCAGCCUGGCCGCGGUCGCCAGGAACUGCCCCAGCCUGACCAGUCUGUCACUCAGUCACUGUAGACGAAUCACAGAUGCAGGGGUAGCCAAGGCCACGCCCUACUUGGGCAGACUGCAGCACCUCUCGCUCUCACACUGUGAGAACCUCACAGACAGAUCCCUGCUGUGCCUGGUGCAGCACUGCAGGAGGUUGAGGACUCUGGACGUCUCGGUGUGCAAAGGAAUCUCCAUCAGCGCCGUGGACCGCCUCCACUCACAACUCACCUUCUUGGAAAAUGUCAACUGCCGUUUUGUGGGCGGGGUUGACCUCACUCUUACCCUUUGAUUGGCCAGCCCUCGUUGUAUUUAUUUUUUCUUCUAGCUAUUCAGGGUCACAACAAAACUCUCUUCCGCUCCAGAAUUGAAUUCGUCUGAGUUUCUAGGUGAAAAAAAUAAUAAUGGCGAAAUGUAAUCAUCUUUUUCUGGAAUUUACAACUAAAGUAAGACAUAUUUUUUAACUUAAAAUAUAUUAUUGAAGAAAAAUUAAAUUCAAACUUUUUUUUUAAAUUGAAAGUGGUUAGAAUGCUCAAGCUAGCAAUAUAAUACAAUAUGGUAGGUUUCCGCGAACCACCAAAACCUGGAAAGUCAGAAAAAUUUGUAAAGCCUGUAGCUGUGCUUUUGAGCUCAUGUAUGGCUUAUGUCUUAUUUAUUGUCAUGUCUUCUCAAUGUAUGCCCGGAGAUGUAUUUUUGACCAAAUAGUCGUGAAUAUUUUUACAUUUGAAGUUAUCUACAUGUAUUAAUGUUAAAAAUAUCCAAAUGUAAUUUAAUGUAGCUAUAUGGUCAUUCCUUCAUUAAAAAAAAGUGUAUUUCUAUAGCAUUUUGUUUUGUCCCCUGUAAACAUGAACACAAGUAAGCACUUUAGAACUGUAUAUGUACAUUUAAAAUGUAAUAUAUAUUCUAUAUAGAUACAAUUAGGGCAUUUUGCAGACGAUUUUAUCCAAAGCGACUUACAUCGGUUAAUAAACACAUUGCACACUGACGGUUGAGUCAACCAUGCAAGGCGACAGCCAGCUCGUCAGGAGCAGUUAGGAUUAAGUGUCUUGCUCAGGGACACAUCAACACACAGCUAGGAGGCGCUGGGGAUCGAACUAGCAACCUUUCGGUUACAAGAGAACUGCUCUGACUCCUGAGCUAAGCCGACUCUAUUGUAAUAUAAAAUGAUAUCGGAAAAAUAAAUAUUUCAUGCGAUCUGCAGCAAACCAGAGCAUAAACCACCAGACCAGUAUCAACUAGUACGUAUAUAUAAUAAUAAUAAUAAUAAUAAUUGAUCAGUUUUUAUAACUCUUUUAUAAAUACUCAAAGAUGCUUUACAAAUAAGAAAGGAAUACAUACAGACAGUACAGACAAUCAAACAAAAGGGAAAAAAUAAAGAACACCACAACAAUAGGCAACACAUUAAGAGAGUGGGAGAGAGUGGAAGAUGGUGGAGGAUGAUUUGUCAAAUGUUGUAAGGGUAACACAACACCCUUGUGUUUUUUUUCAUGACGACCAAUAAAAAACAACAGUGAUACCCUUUAUGUUUUUUUUUCAUGACGACCAAUAAAAAACGACAGUGUUACCCCUUAUGUUUUUUUUCAUGACGACCGAUAAAAAACGACAGUGUUGUCCCUUAUGUUUUUUUUCAUGACGACCAAUAAAAAACAACAGUGUUACCCUCUAUGUUUUUUUUCAUGACGACCAAUAAAAUUCGACAGUGUUACCCCUUUAUAUUUUAUUUGACAAAGACAACAGUGUUACCCCUUAUGUUUUUUUUCAUGACGACCAAUAAAAAAUGACAGUGUUACCCCUUGUGUUUUUUUUCAUGACGACCAAUAAAAAACAACAGUGUUACCCCUUAUGUUUUUUUCAUGACGACCAAUAAAAAACAACAGUGUUACCCCUUAUGUUUUUUUCAUGACGACCGAUAAAAAACAACAGUGUUACCCCUUGUGUUUUUUUUCAUGACGACCAAUGAAAAACAACAGUGUUACCCCUUAUAUUUUAUUUGGCAGGGACAAUUUUUUUUUUUUUUUUUAAUAUUUUUUUUUUCAUGACGACCAAUAAAAUACGACAGUGUUACCCCUUAUGUUUUUAUUCAUGACGACCAAUAAAAAACGACAGUGUUACCCCUUAUGUUUUUUUCAUGAUGACCGAUAAAAAACAACAGUGUUACCCCUUAUGUUUUUUUCAUGACGAACAAUGAAAAACAACAGUGUUACCCCUUAUGUUUUUUUCAUGACGACCGAUAAAAAACGACAGUGUUACCCCUUAUGUUUUUUUUUCAUGACGUCCAAAGAAAAAUGACAGUGUCACCCCUCAUGCUUCAUUUGAUAAAAACGACAGUCUUACCCCCUAUGUUUUAUUCGAUACAUUUCGACAGUGUUAACCCUUAUGGGUUUUU